AUAGCCGUGAACGAGUUGAACGAAUAACAGAAACAAAUGUACUGUAUUCACAUGUCGACAAUGUCAAAAAUGAAAACAUUCAGAGCUUGUCAGCAUUUGAUUAAGUCGUUGUUUAAUGAGCAAGUUUUUCGGACACCUCUUUUACGACGUGGACCGGGCCAGCGUAAUUAUUCGGCAGCGAAAGAGACCUUUGCUGUGAUGUACACGGAGCACGGUGAACCUGGGAAAGUGUUGGAGGGGAAAAUCUUACCGCUGCCGGACACAGUUGGGCCGGAGGAAGUUUUCAUAAGGCUCUUAUCCGCCCCUGUCAAUCCGGCCGAUAUCAACAUGAUAGAGGGCACGUACCCUGUAAAACCUGUACUACCCACUAUCGUCGGUAACGAAGGAGUUGGAGAAGUCUUAGAGGUCGGCGCCAGUGUGACGACGUUAAGGCAGGGUGACUGGGUGUUACCAGACACACCGGGCUGGGGGACAUGGCGGGAGUACGCCAUCAGCCCAGCCAAGGAGUUCCGUAAAAUUCCCAAUGAUAUACCUGUGGCUAGUGCAGCAAUGCUUUCUGUCAACCCAUGCACAGCUUACAGGAUGCUAACAGACUUCGUAGAUUUGCAGCAGGGCGACACAGUUGUCCAGAAUGGCGCAAAUAGCGCAGCGGGUCAGGCUGUCAUACAGAUCGCAGCUGCAAGAAAGAUUAAUACAAUAAACAUCGUGAGAAACAGACCCGAAAUAGAAAACCUUAAGACACAGCUGAAGGAUUUAGGAGCUACCCACGUUGUCACAGAGGAAUUUUGUCGUACCCCAGCAAUGAAGGAACUUUUAAAAUCCAUCCCUACACCUCGGUUGGCCUUGAACUGUGUAGGUGGAAAGAGUUCGACAGAGUUAAUGAGACUUCUGGCCAAUCAGGGCGUCAUGGUUACAUACGGAGGCAUGUCUAAGCAACCAAUCACUGUGCCUACUGGUGUCAUGAUUUUCAAGGAGAUUAAACUGGUUGGUUAUUGGAUGACAGAAUGGACCAAUCGCAAUAAAGGCAGUCCAUUGAGAGAUAAAAUGUUUGAUGACCUCUGUGAUCUUAUUCGAGACUGUCGAAUGGUUCCACCCCCAUGUCAGCUGACACCCUUGAGGAAUUUUCAGUCUGCUAUAGCUCAAAGUGCCGAGAAAUUUUCAGGAAGAAAACAGCUUCUGCAAAUGAAUUGUAUUUCAGCAGACUGAUUCAUAGUCUCUUCCGUGUUGUAGUACAGUUGUAUGUGUGCAUUUGCAAAGACAGAUAUGCGGAAAAUUAUACAUUAGAAUUUGGGGAAUCUCCUAAAUGGAGUAAUGCAUAGUACUUUUCCAAAUCGAUAUUAAUACUGAGCCUGAUUAGGAGUUGUAGCUUAACCUUUGAUGUUGUAUGAAACACUGAAAUAGAAUUCUAUUGAAUUCUGAAAUAGAAUUCUAUUUCAGUCAUUCCAGUAUGAUUUACAACUGCAUCCUGACCAAACUUCAACCAAAAUUAUAUGAAACCACAAUUUUCAGUGUGAUGUUCAAAAGUUAGAGGAAACCUGUUACAAAACCUCU